AGCCCUAUAAAUGGAGAGGCCUCGAACGCCUCCCCAAGCUCACCACGCCACCGCCUAGUCGUCCGUCGUCUCCGUUCAAAUCUCUCCGUGCCAAGUGCGGCUCGUUUCGAGUAUACGAAUCGUUCGGGUUCCUGUUUCUUGCUGAUGGUCAUCUAAUCAACCCCUUCUGCUGCGGCCCCAACCACCAGGCUCCGAUCUCGUCUCAGGUUCACAAUUUUGACAUCAAGAUGGUUAACUUUGGAAAGAAAUUAAUGGCAGAUCAAGUUCAGGAGUGGAGGGGAUACUACAUCAACUACAAAUUAAUGAAAAAGAAAUUGAAGCAGUAUGUUAAGCAUAAUCAGGCAGGAGGAGAACUUCAACAGGUUCUCAAAGAGUUUUCAAGGAUGCUAGAUGAACAGAUUGAAAAGAUUGUCCUUUUUCUUUUGGAACAACAAGGGCUGCUUGCUAGCAGGAUUCAGGAAUUGGCGAAGAAGCGCAACAUUCUCUUAGAGCAACCAGAUAUAUCCCAGAUACUUGAACUUCAAGAGGCAUAUGGAGCAGUAGGUUAUGAUCUGAUUAAGCUCCUUAAGUUUGUUGAUAUGAAUGCUACUGGUCUUCGUAAGAUACUGAAGAAGUUUGACAAACGUUUUGGUUAUAAAUUCACGGAUUACUAUGUUACUAGUAGAGCAAACCAUCCAUAUUCCCAGUUGCAGCAGGUCUUCAAGCAUGUGGGAAUAGGUGCUGUUGUUGGAGCUUUGUCUCGCAACCUUGCAGAUCUCAAUGUUCGUCGGGGGAGCUACUUGUCCAUUUAUGAUCAGCCAUCUAUUGUUAUAAAGGACCCUGUCAUCGACCAAAUAAAUGCAUCAGUGGACAAGCUAACACAUUCAACAAACUUCCUUCAAUUCCUUGGACAGCAUGCACUUAUUGUUCAAGAAGAUAUAACUACUGCUGCAGAAGCUGAUGUUGAUGAGCAGAAAUACCAUUUUAUGUCUCUAUUAUUGAACCUGGUAAACACUUUCCUAUAUAUGGCCAACACAUAUAUUAUUGUCCCGACUGCAGAUGAUUAUGCACUGAGCCUUGGAGCCGCAGCAACAGUCUGUGGUGUAAUUAUUGGGUCAAUGGCUGUUGCACAAGUCUUCUCUUCAGUUUAUUUUAGUGCUUGGUCAAAUAAGUCAUAUUUCAGGCCUCUCAUAUUUAGCAGCAUUAUGCUUCUGAUGGGAAAUACAUUAUAUGCGUUGGCUUAUGACCUAAACUCAAUAGCAAUUCUUCUUAUUGGUCGCCUUUUAUGUGGGCUUGGUUCUGCAAGGGCUGUAAACCGUCGUUACAUAAGCGACUGUGUACCUCUUAGAACUCGAAUGAAAGCUUCUGCAGGUUUUGUUAGUGCCAGUGCUCUUGGAAUGGCUUGUGGCCCUGCCAUUGCUGGGUUGCUUCAAACAAACUUCAAGAUUUAUGGCCUCACAUUCAAUCAAACUACCUUGCCAGGCUGGCUUAUGGCUCUAGCAUGGCUUAUAUAUUUAUUUUGGCUGUGGAUAUCUUUCAGGGAACCAGCUCAUGACACUCAAGAGAGCCAUGUUUCACAGGAUGCCCAUACUGGACAUCCAGAUUCGGAAAAUGGUCUUGCACAACCUCUUCUUAUAAGUCAGAAUGAAAAACAAGACGAAGAUGAAGACCAAGAUUGUGAUGACCGAGAAGAAGCCUCUGAUGAGUCGUCCCACAGUCCUGCAACUUCAAUUGCUUCAGCAUACAGAUUACUGACACCAUCAGUGAAGGUCCAGUUGAUGAUCUACUUCAUGCUCAAAUAUGCAAUGGAGAUUUUACUUUCAGAAUCAAGCGUCGUUACCACAAUAUAUUUUAAUUGGUCUACAAGUAAUGUAGCAAUUUUUCUAGCAAUUCUUGGUCUGACAGUUCUUCCAGUAAAUGCAAUAAUUGGAAGCUACAUAACCAACAUGUUUGAGGACAGGCAAAUUCUGUUGGUAUCUGAAAUUAUAGUACUGGUAGGUAUAAUCUUUAGCUUUCGUGUGACCAGCUCAUACUCUGUACCACAAUAUGUCAGCUCAGCACUCAUCACAUUCGUGUCUGCGGAAGUUCUUGAAGGCGUUAACCUAUCACUUCUAUCUCGAGUUAUGUCGACUCGACUUGCCCGUGGAACUUACAAUGGCGGACUGCUCUCGACGGAAGCAGGAACCUUGGCCCGGGUGGUUGCAGAUGGUACAAUCACAUUGGCUGGUUAUUUUGGUGAAGACAAUAUCCUAAACAUCACCCUGCUCCCUUCUCUGCUAAUUUGUCUAGCCUCCAUCUCUGCUACCUUCUUCACAUACAACAAUCUCUAUUGAUCCAUGAAUGGUUUCUCCCUUUCCCCGGUGCCGAUCUAUGGGUCUGUCCACUUGCAAUUGCAGCUAUGUAUACGUAUUAUAUACACCCAUUGAUGAUGUAUAUAGUCCAUAUCUUGAAUUCUA